AUGUCAAAACUGUGUGGUUUGAACGUAAUUCAGCUACGAGAAGAACUACAGAAACGAAGCCUUGUCACAAGUGGCAACAAAGAAGUACUAGCAGCACGUCUGAGAGAAGCUCUCAUUGACGAAGGUAAGAACCCAGACGAAUUCAAGUUUGAUGGUGCUGACGAAGACAAUGAAAUUAGCACAGGCACGUUUACAACCGCUAAAAUGAUGGAACUUCUGCUUAGUAUGUCAACUGAAAUGAAACAGAUCAAAGAACAGUCCGAACGACAGUCCGAGCGACAGACAGAAGAGUUAAAACAGAUCAAGGAACAGUCCGAACGACAGACAGAGGAUUUAAAACAGAUCAAAGAACAGUCCGAACAACAGUCCGAACGACGGACAGAGGAGUUAAAACAGAUCAAAGAACAGUCCGAACGACAGUCCGAACGACAGACAAAGAAGUUAAAACAGAUCAAAGAACAGUCCGAACGACAGUCCAAACGACAGACAGAAGAGUUAAAACAACAGAUCAAGGAACAGUCCGAACAAAAUACAGAGGAGUUAAAACAAAUCAAGGACCAGCUAAACACGUAA